AUGGCUAAACCAAUAGGUUCAAGACCAGCUCGUCUCUAUGGUUUACCAAAAUUACAUAAACCUAAUGAAAAUUAUCCAUUACGUCCUGUUAUGUCUGCAAUUAAAACAGUUGGAUAUGGUUUAGGAAAAAUGCUUAAAAAUCGAUUAUCACAUCUUAGAACAAGUCUUUAUGUUAUUCAAGAUUCAUUUGAUUUUUUAAAUAAAAUUAAAUCAUCAAAAAAUGUGGAUAAGAUAUUAGUUUCAUAUGAUGUAGUAAGUCUCUUUACCAAUGUUCCACUUACCUAUACAAUUGAUUCUGUUCUUGAUCAAAUGUAUCCGACAUGUAAGAAAUCAUGUCUGAAACUACCAAGAGCAAAACAAUGCCGUAAAUGUAAGCAGAAUGUUGACUUUAGAACUCUACUCGAAGAAGUUACAUCUAAAACACAUUUUACCUUUAAUAACAAAAUGUAUGUUCAACAUAAUGGUGUUGCAAUGGGUGCUCCAUUAGCUCCAGUGAUUGCUGAUAUCUUUAUGACUUACUUGGAAACAACAUUGAUGGAUAAAUUAACACAAUUAGGUGUAUGUGAAUGGUAUCGAUAUGUAGAUGAUACAUUUGUACUUAUUAAUGCAGAUGCAAAUGUAGCUAAUAUAUUAUCCAUUCUCAAUGAUUUUCAUCCAUCAAUUAAAUUUACAAGAAAGAUUGAAGAUAAUGAUAAAUUGGAAUUUCUCGAUGUACAAGUUAUUCGAUCAUUUGGAUAA